AUGGCGGACUGGGACGCUGACAACUUCGAGCUGGAGGAGCCGAAUCAAAAGGCGCCACAGGACAAAUGGGAAGGCGAAGACGAAGACGACGAUGUUAAAGACAACUGGGAUGAUGAGGAAGAUGAGGAGAAGAAAGACGUGAUCACGACAGUGACAAAAGUUCCCGAAAAGAAAAAGUUGAGUGAGAAGAUUAAAGAGAGGGAAAACCGCUUAAAGAAAAAACAGCAGCAGCUACAAGAAGAAGAAUUGCAAGAAGAACUUACCCCUGAAGAACAACUCGCACAGAAGUUAAGAGUGCAGAAGCUUCAAGAAGAUGCAGACUUAGAAUUGGCAAAGGAUGCCUUCGGAGUUGGCAGUACCACACUAGUUGGAAUUGACGCCAUGUGUCCAUCUUCUAAAGAAGAAUUCACAGAGUUUGAAAAAUUGCUGAAAGAAAAAAUAUCCCAGUUUGAGAAAUCGGUGCAUUAUUCAAGUUUCUUGGAUUCAUUGUUUCGGGAACUCUGUAUUUCAUUGGAAGUUGAUGAUUUGAAGAAAGUCAGCAAUUCACUUUCAGUUCUACUUAGUGAAAAACAGAAACAAGAAAAGCAAAACAAAGGGAAGAAAAAGAAGAAAGGUGUCGUACCUGGUGGUGGUUUGAAAGCACAGAUGCGAGAUGACCUGGACUAUGGCGGCUUUGACGGCGGCUACGCCCAAGACUACGAGGACUUCAUGUGA